AUGCUCACCGGUUCUGAGGACGGGCUCGUUCAUGCUCUCGACUCGGUCAUGAACGCGGAGUUCCCGGUGCGCAGCGUGGGGUUCUUCGGACUGGAGGAAGAGGGGGUCCACUGCUGUACCAACACGGAUACGCUGUCUUUUUGGUACGCCGCCGGAGCACAGAGGGUAAAGGACUUCGGCGACGUCGUCCGUGCUUUGGCGAGCGGAGAGCUUCCUGCUGACGCCGAUGGUGGUGUUGGCGAGGGUGCUUUAGCUGCUUCUGCCCCAGGGGAGGGUGGAGGGGUAGCAGUGGCAGCAUGGGCUGCAGCGGCGGCAGUGGCGGGCGAUGAUUGGGGUUUUGCGGUGGACUACCUAGUGGACUGCCAGUACGACGCAACAGCGGAUCGUCUGCGGCUAGUGACAAGCAGUGACUCAGGCGGAGCGUGCCUGGCGACUGUGUCUCCAGAAGGGGGCCACGCGGAGCAGGUCCGCACCUCCCAGUGGAUGGGACAGGCGAUGGCCACCGGCGGCGAGGAUGCUAGAAUCUGCUCGUGGCGUCUGCCCAGGGGUGGAGAAGACGGCAGCAACGAUAAACACAACAACGAUGACGACUUCAUGGACGAUGACAGAUGACGUAGAAGGUAGCACCGCCGUGGGUAGAUGCAUAGUGCUGAUGCCCGUCAUUGGUGAUGAUAACAAUCACCUGCAGGGUUACCGCGUCCCCGCCCUGUAGAAGGCACGUUUCGUAUACAUACCUGCGAAUGUGCUUGAUUGCGGCGAGAGCUGUCUAGGGGAGGCGAAGACAUAGGUUGGGGGGCCGAGACUUAACCUUAUCUUCCCCUUGUCUGACUUUUUGCCGUUGCGGCCUGACGAGCAGAGGAAGCCUCUCAGAGAAGCGUGCUUGAUUUGACCGGCGCAAGUUUCUUCCGGAAGUGAGGAACCGACAAAUACCACUGCUGGUUUUUGUGUGUGUAUUCGCCGCAACCCGAGCUGAGAAGCAAGAAGAAAGCACCCUCCACAACCCCGGGCGUAUUGUUGCCGCGGAGAGCAAGAUGCUGGCUUUUUUUGUGCCUCGCUCGUGCGUGUGGUUUUUUUUUUAGAGUUCAGUUUGGCUGUCAAUUUUCUUUUCGAGA